CAAUUUGAAGCUCGCUUUCGCUUUGAUGACAGCAACGCGGAUUGAUAUAUCGCUCAGAUACGAUACGCAUGGGUGGGAUGGAACUUGAAAUGGUCGCCAAGUGAGUGUAACACCGGUACACGUUCUCCGCAUCAACACCCAUUUCCGUAAUACAGUAUUCCUUCUCUUCCUAGCUGUAAGCACGGAACCCCAACAUCAGCAAUUCACCGAAGACCAGAAUUGAGCAUCGUCAUAACAGAACCGCUACAUACCAUUCACAUUCGCCUUACUCGUGAAUCUAGCAUGGCAUUCAUCUUCGUGGACACAGGAUAUUUGCAAUCAGUGGGCAUACAGCCAGCAGCUGUAUCUCAUCCUCGUGACGGUCGUAUCAAUGAUUAUAAUGCUGUUCCGGGUUUACGCUGUCUCCAAGAAGAACUGGCUGGUUCAAUGUACAUUGAUUCCAGUCAUGCUGGCCUUGGCCGGAGUCGGUUUAUACACAAUCGUGAAUCCCGGAAACACAGGUUCGCCCUUCAUUGGCGAUAAUGUGACGAG